UCUGGGGCUGCUCUCAGCGAAACUCUCCCAGCCGGUGAUAAGAACGUUAUAGGAACACAGCUAGUCCGGAACCUAAAGUUCCCAGGGCUGGUUUCCGGCCGGUGCUAUUCUCACGCUUCUCUCUCAGGACUUCCGGAAUUUCGGUGGAGGAAACUUGGAUUCUCCGAGUAACGGGAGAUCGGGGUUCCGCUAUGGAUUUUGACGAAGGGAAUGACUAUAAUGAACGCUGUACACAGUGCGCUGCGGUUUCUUGGAAAAUUACUGAUGAAGGAACAUAUUAUUGUACAUCUUGUCUCAAUGUUACAGAGAGGCGUAAGGAAGUUGAAAGCGUUGCGGACUUUACACCUAACACAAAGAUCCAAGCCAUCAAUAGAGGACUUAAAAAAAAGAGGAAACUUGAGAAAGGCUGGGAGUGGUAUGUCUGUGAAGGUUUUCAGUAUAUACUUCAUCAACAAGCUGAGGCCCUGCUAUCUCUGGGAGUGUGCCCCAAAUUAAAGGAUGAAGUAUUGCAUAAUUUUUGGAAGCGUUAUCUUCAGAAAAGCAAGCAGGCCUAUUGCAGGAAGCCAAUUUAUUCCAAUAAUAAUAAAUCUGCAGUAUCUGACAGCCAAAUGAGUCUUUCAGGCUUGGAUAGUGAGCCUGAGCUGCUUAGUAUCUACAGUUGCCAUUUAUCAGAGAGUGAAGUAGAAUCUCGGUCUGAUAUCAGUAGUAAACUGAUUUUCCCCAACAUCAAAACUACACAGUCUGAAACAACUUCUGUCUGUUCUGGAUCAAUUGAUGGAGUUGAAUACUUAAAACAGAAGGAAAAAGGGAUUUUAAAGAUGACACUGCCAAUGACCCUUGCAUUCUGCUAUAUGUCAUUACUUUGGCAAAGGGAAACAAUUACUCUUUCAGAUCUCUUGAGAUUUGUAGAAGAUGGUCAUAUUCCCUACAUAAACACUUACCAGAAUUUUCCAGAGGAGAUGAAGGUAUAUGGAAGAGACAUAAGAAUAUUUUCUAUAGAGUCUUGGCCCGUCUAUGAAGAUAUAUAUGAAAAAAUUAUUGAACUUGGAAAAUUUUUGGACUUGCCUCGUUUUCCAGAUAUAACUGAGAACUGUUUUCUCCAUCCAAAUAUGUUAUGUAUGAAGUACCUGAUGGAAGCCAAUUUACCUGAUGAAAUGCAUAACCUGACUUGUCAAGUGGUCAAAUUGACUGGCAUAGGAGAAGUAGAUUUCCUGACAUUUGAUCCAAUAACGGAAAAAACAAGGAUGGUUAAAUAUGAUGUUCAGGCUGUAGCUGUCAUUGUUGUGGUGCUGAAACUACUCUUUUUAUUGAAUGACAAUGUAGAAUGGUCCCUUUCUAGCCUUGCUCAAGAAAAUAACGAAAACAACCAUGAAGGUAAGCCAUGUUUUGACUUCAGAAAGUGGUAUCAGAUUAUGAAGAAAAUAAUCGAUGAAAAACAGCAACAAAGAGAGGAAUUCAAAGCAAAGUACCUGUGGAAAAGUGAAAAGCCAUUAUAUUAUUCAUCAGCGGACAGAUCAGUAGUUUAUAAAAGAAGGCGCAUGGUAAUGAACCUCCAAAAACAGUUUAGUACAUUGGUUGAUUCAGCACCAAAUUCUGAAAAGAAAAACCCAACAAGUUUCCAGUUAAAGUGGACAAAAGAAGAGCAGAAUACAACUUGCUUCCAUGGACACAGUCUUCAAGAAAUCCUACAAAAGAAAGGCAAAUCAUUAACAACCUUAAAUUCACAGUAUUGGCUUAGCACUCAGAAGUUCUGUAAGAGUUACUGUAAACAUGUGACUACCUAUGAAGAAUCCAAUUUUUCAAUGAGCUAUCAGUUUGUACUAAAUCUUUUCUCCUUCUUACUGAGGAUAAAGGCUUCACUUCUUCAUGAAGAAGUAAGCUUAAUUGAAAAGAGACUUUUUUACAAAAAAUAUGAGACUAAAAGUAAAGCUUCCAAAUCAAAAAAAAGCAAAAAGAUCUUAAAAAGAUAGAAGUGAAGAUGAUUUUGAGAAACUUGCUUCUACAUACCUUCACAGUGGUUUUGCCAUGAAAUCGUACUUCAUUACUUCAAAAAAUUUGCUAUUUCAGCAUGAGCACUCCAUUCCUUGCUGCAGAUGACAGACCUUUACACAGGUACUAGAAAUUUUCACGAGUUGCUUUAAGUCAAAAGAAAAACCUAGUACCCAGCAUUCCUGUGAUAAACAUCAUCAAACUUAGCUAGGAUGAUUCUUAGGCCCAUUUCCAGGCCCAUCCUUGAAGUCUUUUCAGCUUGAUACUACCUGCCGAGCUGGUGUUCUGCUGUCAGUGAGUAUUCAGAGUCACUUCUACACCAUGAAGAACCAUCAAGAAGAACUUACUCGAAAUAACAUUGUUAUAAAGCCUUCAUAUUGAAAUUUUAGACAAAUGUUUGAGCAAUAGCAAAAUGUUUAGUGAGAUUAUGCUUUUAUUCACCUGUGAAACAAACAUUAAGACUAACUUUUGUAUUUCCCCUAGGUUGGGGUCUUCAUAUAUGUUUGUAAAAUCAGAUUAAAACAACAGAUGGGGGAAUGUAUUGAUUAGACUCAUAACUUAAUCAUAUGGUAAAUUAAAAUAAGAAAAAAAUUAAAUCUAUGUAUAUGUGUGUGUAUAAAUAUAUAUAUUCAUAUACAUUUUCAUAUAUCAUAUUUUUGAAAGAGAUAUUUACAAUCAUGCACAUGGGCAGCUCUGUUGUAGUGGACAGAAUGCCAUCUUUGAAGUCAAAAAGACCUGAGUUCAAGUCCCAUCUCUGACACAUUCCAAGUAUGUGAAAUCACUGAACCUGUCAGUGCCUCUGGAACAGAGACUCUGAAGUUGCAUAGUAAGUGAUGAUCUGCGUUGGUGAAUUUCUUCACUGAGAAUCUCUAUACCAAUGAAAUCAAAGAUCAGCUUUAAAAAAACAUGAUUGUUUGCAUUUUAUCUACUCUAGUAGUCUGUGAGGUUUGAGAGCCUUUCUUUGUAUCCUCAGAGCUUCACCCUGUGCCUAGCACUAGGAAGCGCUUCAUAAAUGCUUUUUGGUGUGAUUGACUGACAGUGCUGACAUUAUGAAUUGGAAUAACAGUUGUAAUGUAUUAAAAACCAUGUCUAAUUUGAUUUAUUUAUAAAUGUUCUUUCAGAAAAUGAGUUCUACAGAAGCUAUAUAAAUAUUAUGUCUGAAAAUUUAUAUUCAUUUUAAUCAAAAUAAAAAAUUAUUUUGUAAAGAAUUAAAA